AUGAAGCUCCUUUUUCUCGCCGCUUUUGUUCAGGCCCAGAAUCAUGACCAAGAAGCCAUGGCCUUCUGCAACAACUACUGCCAGGACAAGCCAGAUACUCAUUACCCAGAUACUGGGUUUUGCUUGAAUGGGACCUACUUGAACCCAAAAGAUUGCAGCUCUUAUUUCCGAUGCUGGGAGCGAGGAAGCGUUGGGGACAAGCUUUUCUGCCCGAUCGGUCUUGUCUGGAACGACGAGUACAAAAUCUGCGACUGGCCAUACAAUCUCGACUCGGACGAUGAGUGCUACGAGCCCUUGAAAUAA